AUGUUGUACAAUAACUAUAAGCUGCUAUUGAAAAAAUAUAAUGAAUUAAACGAGGAGAAAAUGUCCUACGUUGAAGGACUGAAGGAAUAUCGUAGCAGAUUAGACAACUCAAACCAUUUGUUACGGCUCCAAAGAAAUAUCAUUCUCUCUAACCAACAGUACAAUACGUCAAGUUUCAAACAAUUAGAAGCUGACCUAAGGAAUAACGAGCUUCAAUUACGGAAUCUUGAAUCUGAUCUGAAAAGCAAGGAGCAACAAUUACAAUCCCUUGAGUCUGAGCUUCAAGCUCGAGAAUUAGAUUUGAACAACAAACAAUUGGAACUUGAAAACAGACAGUCUGAUUUAGAAACUAGACAAUCUAAUCUUGAAGUUAGAGAAUCUGAGUUACGCACCAAGGAAUUGGAAUUGAAUGAAAAAGAAUUACAAUUAAACAAUCUCCUUGCUAAUAAUGCCGCUGUAGAUUUUUCAAACUCAUCUUCAACUCCAGUAUCAUCAGAUGAUUCAGACUUAUUUCCCUCAAAUUCCUUGGAAUCACAACAAGCCUCCCCUAAUUCUCAGCCAAAUGAACAGUCCAAAACUCUCCAUGACACUAAUGCUGUGGGCAAAGUCGAGGUCUCAGAGGAUAACACUUCAAAAGGAGAACCUAUCCUUGUCCGUCCCAUGGAUAAAUUGGACGUCGUCAAUAAUGAUAUAAUAAAUUCUUUGUACAUAAAAGUAAGUUAUUUUUAG